GUUUCGAAGAUGAGAAAGUAGAGUAACCAAACUACUCAGAAAAAAAUUGAGCAUGGCAUCUUCCUCCUGCGUUCACAGAAACGCCGUGCCGGAGCGAGUGAUGACCGAGUUGACUCGCGGCCGGGAGAUAGCCGACCGGAUCCGGCUCAUGCUGCGCGAGACCGGAUUCGAUGGCUCGGCCGGUUCAGUUUUUCCGGUUCAGAGCCUUGUGAGCCAGCUCCUGGACACCUUCACUCACUCUCUCGCCAUGCUUCGCGACGGCGGCGAGUCGGAUGAGGCUUCUCAGGCUCCUUCCGCCGCCAAAUUGGAGGACUCCGGCGACAGUUGCAAGACGCCGGCGGCCAAGGAUCGCCGGGGAUGCUACAAGCGAAAGAGAAGUUCGGAGACAAGGAUCAAAGAGAGCUCGGAUUUAUUUGAAGAUGGGCAUGCAUGGAGGAAAUAUGGACAAAAAUCCAUCCUUAACGCCAAACAUCCUAGGAACUACUAUAGGUGCACUCAUAAAUUCGACCAAAAAUGCCUAGCCACAAAACAAGUCCAAAAAAUCCAAGACGAGCCCCCUCUAUAUAGGACAACCUACAACGGCCAACACACUUGCAACAAGUCAUCCCUCCACCACCACGUCGUCCCCGCCUCGCCGGAUUCCUCCUCCGUCAUGUGGAGCUUCAAUUCGAUCAAACAGGAGGAGGAGAUUCAAAUGAAAACACCGGACGAGUACUACAUAUCGCCCCACCACUUUUCGCCCAUGUCUUCGGAUGUGUACUCUUGCUCUCAUAGUAUUGAGGAUGUGGAUGACAUUGUGGGCUCCUUCGAAGAUUAUUUCGAAUUUGAAACCUUAAGUUGACUUCGAUUAUCUCUACUUAAUUUUCUAUAUAUAGUUGGAAUAAUUAAUUUAGAACUUGCUCAAUAUGUGUCAUGUAGUACUAGUUAGUGUGUAGAGGUACGUUUUGGGCUAGACUAGACUAGACUACUCCAUGUUGUAGCAUUUAUUUUAUUUACUCUUUCGGGUGCAUGUAUGUGUAUAUAUUUAACGUAUAUAGUGUUCACACUUCAAAAUAUAUAUUUAAUUUCCAUUUAUGUAUCA